GUAUACUUGCAGGUGAUCACUGGGUUCUUGGGUAGCGGGAAGACAACACUGCUUAAUGCACUCCUGAAGCAGGACCACGGCAGGCGCAUAGCUGUCAUUGAAAACGAGUUUGGCGAGAUAGAUAUUGACAGCGAGCUGGUGGCGUUCAAAGAAUCUGUUGAAGGAGACCAAGCCAUCAUGAUGCUCAACAACGGCUGCAUCUGUUGCACUGUCAAGGAAGACUUGCUGGUGAUGCUGGAAGAGCUGGUCGCCCGUCGCGACAAAUUCGAUCACGUGGUGAUCGAGACCACCGGCCUUGCAAACCCAAAGCCAAUCAUCGAGACAUUCCGUGCUUACCAGCCUGUGGCAGAGCAGUACUGCCUGGAUGGGGUGCUGACGCUGGUGGACGCCAAGCAUGUGGGGCAGCACCUGGACGAGGAGAAGGAGGACGGCGUUGUGAAUGAGGCCGUCGCGCAAGUGGCGUACGCUGACCGCAUCAUCCUCAACAAGACAGACCUGGUGAGCAAGGAGGAGCUGGAGUCAGUGGAGCGGCGGCUGAGCAGCAUCAACAACCUGGCGCAAGUGGUGCGCGCUCAGCGGGCCGACGUGAAGGCGGACUAUGUGCUGGGCAUCGGCGGCUUUGACCUGGACCGCGUUGCAGACGAGGCUGCACACAGCGAGGCGCACGCGCACGGCAAUGGCCAUGAGCACAGCCACUCCCAUGACCACAGCCAUGAGGGGCAUGACCACAGUCACCACGACCACAUGCACGAUGACAAGGUGACAUCGGUCAGCGUGGAGCUGGAUGGGGACCUCGACCUGGACCUGGUGAAUGACUGGAUGGAGGAUCUGCUGAUCGACUCCUCGGAAGACCUGUACCGCUUCAAGGGCGUGCUGGCCAUUGAUGGCUGGCCGGACCGCUUCAUCUUCCAGGGUGUGCAUGCUGUGUUUGAGGGUACGCCAGGGAAGCCGUGGAGAGAAGGAGAGAGUCACAAGAGCCGCAUGGUCUUCAUUGGGAGGGACCUGGACGCCAAGGUGCUGAGGGAGGGUCUCCAGCAGUGCCUCGUGAAGGCUGCUCGUGUGUGA